AUCGAUGGAUUCAUCACAUCAAGGGGUCUGCAUAUCAUGUAGCACAGUCUUUAAACCGAGAGGCAGGAAGGAGUCAGUCAGUCAGUCAGAGUUCACGCAACAGACACACACGGAUCUCCAUGGAAUGCAUGCAGUCAAAACAUGCACACAAGGAAGGGAGGAAACACAUCUACCGCACACAGGUGCCCGCCUGCCUGCAGCGCAACGUGCAUGCCCCGUCAUCACUGCCGUCCCGCGAUCCUCGCUCAACCAAGCACCGGGGAACAGCAGACACACCGAGGCACGCACCAUGCGCUGCAAGCAAGAACACUCAGAAGAAACGGCUCUGAUCCAAAAACUGAUCACACGACACCCACCACCCACCACAUGCAUGGCGCCACCGCGCCCAAGACGGCCGGGUGGCGAGAAAGGAAAGACGUACGCGCCUGAGGCUGGCCUGCCUGCCUGAGGCUGGCUGGCUGCCUAUCUCGCUCUCUUCCCAUCGCACCACACCCUCGCCACGCCACGCGGUCAUAUGCUUUAUGUACAGAUGGGCAUAAAUCAGACCUCAACACAACCGACGGACACACACAUACACCAGGCAAGCAAGCGACAUCGAAGGUGGGAGGGAGAGAGGGAAGCCUGCACCGAUCCAUGAGCCGCUGCCCCAUCGCUGGCUGGCUGGCUGGCUGGUUGGCAGAGUGCCACCCGGCUGGUUCAGCUCAGCAGCACCCCCCUGUGGGCUGCUGCACCGUUGGCUGGUUGGCGUUGAGCGUCAGGGUCUCGGGCAAAUAACUGCCGACACGACAUACAAACAAAACACCCACACACACAGGUGUGAGCAAUAACUACAUACUGAUGUAGUGUAUGUAUGGUUCCUUGCUUUCUUUGGUGUUGCUCACAUCUGGUCGUCGGUGUGCUCCUGCUUGAGGGCCCGUCGGGCGAUCUCCUGCAGCCAGAGACAGACAAACAACAUGGUGGGUGGACAUAACAGCAUACAACCAUACAACACAUCCAUCUCACACUGAACUGAUCGUUUGUCAAAAGUGCUUAGCUCACUUACCGUGAACGCGUCCUCUACGUUCUCGGCUGUCUUGGCGCUGACACACACACAACACACAACAAGACGCCACAAGGCGGGGCGACACAAGACGGGUGCAGUGCAGCCGGUCGACCCCUGGCGGCUCGCCUGUGGCUCCCUCCCUCCCUCCAAUGUGCUCACUCACCUGGUCUCGAAGAAAGGAAUGCUGCACUUGGUCUUGCACCAGGUGGACGCCCGCGCGUGACUCACCUACACACACACAGAUACACAACACCCACCCACACACACACACACACCCCUACACCCACAUCACAUGUGCGCGUCUCUCUCUCUCUCUCUCUCUCUCUUCCUCCUUCCUCUCCUGUCCUGUCCUGUCCUGUCCUGUCCAGCCGUGCCGACCUUCCUCUGUCCCUCAGCGUCGAGCUUGUUGCCCAGCACCACAAAGGGAAAGUUGUCGGGGUCACGGGGACACGCCUGCCACAACACAAACACACCAACACAAUGAAUCCGUCGUAUGGUCUGUCUGUCUGCUCUUCUCCGUCAGUCAGGCUUGUAUGGUAUGUGCUUUGGUUGUGUGUUUGCCUUGCUUGCCUGUACGAGGAAUUCUUCCCGCCACGAGUCGAGGUUUUCGAACGACUUAGGGUUGGUGAGGUCGAAGACCAGCACACAGCAGUCGGCGCCGCGGUAGAAGGCCACGCCCAACGACUGGAAACGCUCCUGACCUGCCGUGUCCCAGAUCUGCAGACAUACCCCAUCACACCACAACACACCACACCACAUCACAACCACACACAGACAUACUUACAGCAUGUGUGUUAUCAGAGUGAUCUCUCUGCUCGUUGUCUCCUGGCUGUCAUCAGUCAGUGAGUCACCUGCAGAGUCACGAGCUUGUCGUCAAUCAUGACCUCCUUGGUCAAGAAAUCGGCACCAACUGGACCAACCACACACACACACACACACAAACGAGAACAGGCAUGGCAGGCAAAAAGGAACAGAUGUGGAUCUCUCUAGCCUGAUUGAUUGCCAUUUCCACGGGUCUCUCUCCUCUCUCCCCUCUCACUGACUUGUGGCCUUGUACUGGUUGGUGAACUUCUUGUUGACGUACUGGUUCAUCAGAGAUGUCUUGCCCACUCUGACAGACAGACAUCAGACGACACAAGACAAGACAACACAACACAACACAACACAGCACAGCACAACACAGCCAUCAGAUCUGCCCUGCCUGCAGCGGCUCUCCCUCUCUGCGUGUGUGUGGUCAGCUGGUGCUUCUCACCCUGAGUCGCCGAGGAUGAUGACCUUUAGCAGCACCCUCUUGCGGCUCGCCAUGAUGAUUAUCUGAUCGAUGCCCUACGUCGUCUGUCAGCGCAGAUCUGCUUC